GGGGCAGCGCUGUAGCUUUAACACGGGCGCUGGAAGCGGGACAGGGACAGCAGUGCCAGGUCCGGCCCCGGAGCUGCCGCAGAUCCCUCUCUGCUGCCUGCCAUGGGGAGCCACAGCCUCCUCGCCGCCCUCCUGGCCGCUGCCCUCGCCGCCCUCCUGCCGCUUCCCGCCGCCCCCUCGGCCCACCGCAAGCUCCUGGUAUUCUUGCUCGACGGCUUUCGCUUCGACUACAUCGAUGACAGCGAGCUGGAGGGUCUGCCGGGCUUUCGGGACAUUGUGAACAUGGGGGUGAAGGUGGAUUACAUGACCCCAGACUUCCCCAGCCUCUCCUACCCAAAUUACUACACGCUGAUGACGGGUCGCCACUGUGAGGUCCAUCAGAUGACUGGAAACUACAUGUGGGACCAGAAGGCAAAUGUAUCUUUUGAUAUUGGUGUGAAUAAAGAAAGCCUGAUGCCUCUCUGGUGGAAUGGAUCUGAGCCUUUGUGGGUCACAAUGACGAAAGCUAAAAAGAACGUUUCCAUGUACUAUUGGCCCGGUUGUGAGGUCGAAAUCCUUGGAGUCAGACCAAGUUACUGCCGCGAAUACUUCAGUGUCCCAACAGACAAAAACUUUGCGGAUGCCAUCAGUGAUGCCCUCGAGACCUUGUGCAACGGCAGCGCUGAGAUGGCCGCGGUGUACUACGAGCGCAUUGAUGUGGAAGGCCACCACUACGGCCCUUUGUCCCAGCAGCGGAAGAACGCUUUGAAGGAGGUGGACAAAGCCUUGAGCAACAUGAUCUCACUCAUCAAGAGCAAAGGCCUUCAGAAUGAAGUCAAUGUCCUCCUCUUCUCCGACCAUGGGAUGACAGACAUCUCUUGGACAGACAAAGUGAUUGAGCUGAACAAAUAUAUCAAUAUGAGCGAUACUAUACAAAUGAAGGACCGAGGUCCUGUUGUGAGCCUCUGGCCAGCUCCAGAGAAGCAUGCAGAGAUAUAUCAAAAAUUGAAAGCCGUGGAACACAUGGAUGUUUAUAACAUACAGGAUAUUCCAAACAGGUUUUUCUACAAAAAAGGAAAAUUUGUGUCUCCACUAACCCUUGUGGCAGAGGAAGGAUGGUUCAUAGUAGAGAGCAGGGACAAGCUGCCCUUCUGGGAAAACGGGACGGGCAAGAAGGAGGCCUGGCAGAAUGGCUGGCAUGGCUACGACAAUGAGCUCAUGGACAUGAGAGGCUUCUUCCUUGCAUAUGGACCAGAUUUCCGAUCCAACUACCGAGCACCACCCAUCAGAUCUGUGGAUGUUUACAACAUCAUGUGCAGCCUGGCAGGAAUUCAGCCACUGCCCAACAAUGGCUCCUGGUCCAGGGUGGAGUGCAUGCUCCGAAACACAGCGCCCUUGGCACCACUCCCCCCGUGCAGCAGCUGUGCCCUGGCACUAGCUGUGCUCUCCCUGUUCGCCAAGCCGAUCUCCUUACUGUGAUCCCUGAACAAUGUCAGUCAGUGUCACCAGCAACUCCAUUCUUCUCUGAUUUUUUUUUAAAGUUCUUCAUUUGAAUAAUAGCUUCAUUAAUAGAGUGCUGUCCCCCACUCCUCCAUUGUGCUCCACCAGGCGUGAAUCUGACCCAUCCUGCAUUUACAGCAGUUGUAACAUGAACAUGUUCCAAACAACAUGCUCCAAACACAGCCAGGGAAGUUGGUGUUGUUUCUGUAGAUUUACAGCUCUGGCAAUGAGAGCAGAAUCCUGGCUGGCUACCCACAAUAUUUUCUGGCGGGUGCACAUGGGGAUCUCUGAGCAUCAAACACAUCUCACACAGCAUCUUUCUCUGGCUCCUGGUACCGAGAAGCUCAGGAGUAGAGACUGACAUCUCUGCAUUUAACUGCGUUCUUCCUGCUUCACUCCUUGAUCUCCAGCUCCAUCACCAGCAGGGCCCCAUCUUCUUACAGUGCCAGCCAAGUCCUGUCUAUACUGACCCAUUCAAAGUGCCAAGAGCUUUGGUGAGUUACCAUAAUGCUAAGAGAGGUGGGCCGGCAAGAGAGCAGUGAGAGCAUCCUAUUUCUCUCAGCCUUUCCUUCUUCAUUCUCCCCAGCGUGAGUCCUGGCUGUGCAUAGAAUCAUAGAAUCAUAGAAUCAGCUGGGUUGGAAGGGAUCUCCGAGAUCAUCAAGUCCAACCCUUGAUCCAACACCGCUGCGGUUACUAGACCAUGGCACUAAGUGCCACAUCCAGUCUCAUCUUAAAAACUUCCAGGGACGGAGAAUCCACUACUUCCCUGGGCAGCCCAUUCCAAUGUCUGAUCACCCUCUCUGUAAAGAAAUUCUUUCUAAUAUCUAACCUAAACCUCCCCUGGCACAACUUGAGACCAUGUCCUCUUGUCUUGCUGAUAGUUGCCUGGGAAAAGAGACCAACCCCCACCUGGCUACAACCUUCUUUCAGGGAGUUGUAGAGAGUGAUGAGGUCUCCCCUGAGCCUCCUCUUCUCCAGGCUGAACAGCCCCAGCUCCCUCAGCCUCUCCUCAUAGGACUUGUGCUUGAGUCCCUUCCCCAGCCCAGUUGCCCUCCUCUGGACCUGCUCCAGGACCUCAAUAUCCUUCCUGAAUAAUUUUCCAAGGCCUGGCUUUCCUCAUGGACCACAGCAGUGGGGAGGGCUGAGAAAGGGGAGAGCAACAGAAAUCCUCCACCUCAAACAGUGGGAAAACGAAAAGGCAUCUGGACACGCAAGGGUUGGGAGAAAGUAGGAUGAAGAAGCCUUGAAUUUAACAGUCUCUUUGCUUUUCCUGGUGAAGAUAAUACGAUCUGCUCAGGUUUUGAUGUUUUGUACUCAAUUGCGUUUCUGAAGGUUUUCUGAAACUUGCUGCUUUUCUACCAGCUCUUGCUCUCUACAUCUCUGCCGGGUGACCAGCACAUUCCUCUUUAUUCUGCAGCAGGGAAAGAGGUCUACACUGAUAGGUGUCCCACCCUCCCAGUUAAUCCUAGCGAUUAUUUCCACCACAGGCUAUCCAGCACAAACAAAGUUGUAACAGUAAAGUUAGAUUAAAUAGCAGGAGAGGAUAGAGCUGUUGCCAGAAGUGCCUUUGGGAGUGCCCACUGCUUUGUCUGAUAUACCUCUGGACUGGGAACUUUCAGCAACAAACUGCCUUUGGAAGGAUUUAGGUCUCUCUCCAUGUGAAACAAACCUCUAGGACUUACUACUCUUAUGGAUCCAGAGUCAGGCAUGAUCCAGGUAUGUGUGGUACAGUACAUUUAAGAGUGAAUGAUUACACCAUGGAAAAAAAACCAAACACCAAAUUAAACUUCACAAAGACUUCUGUAAUAGCUGUAAAGAUUUAUGUAAUGUGUUUUUAAAGCUCAAGUGAACCAUCAAAUCAAUUGGGGGAAAAAAGGGAGAAAAUCAGUCUUUGUUAUUAGACUGUUGAGUAUAAAAGACAGUUUAGUGCUUUCAAAACAUUUGCAGUAGCUGUAAAACAAGCACCUAUUGUUCAGAGUUCCCUGUUGCUCUUUAAUGGACCAUGCUCAAUGAAAUCACUGGAGCACAUUUUUAAAACAAGAAAAAAAUAAAAAAUCAGCAUAUCAGCAUGCAAGAUAACCAAAUUACCAAGUUUUGUUUGAAAAUCAACAGGCUAGAUGCCAUCAGUGCCUGCUAAUCCCUCCACAGCCUGCCAUUUUAACGCUUACCAGUGAACAGAACCCAAGGUCUUACAGAAGAAAAGUUUCUAAAGGUGUAAGGGUAUAUUCAGCUUCUCAGUUAUACAAGCAGAAAUUGGAAAUAACAAAUUGGGUCCAUUGAGUUGUUCCACAGGUGAGCCAUGACACAUGAAACCAACAUUGAUCCUUGUGAGCACUUUGUGUAACUAAUUUUUGUCAGUGUCCACAUGCAAGUACUGAAGAGUAAAUUUUCUAAUUGCAAUAUGAUUUGUUCGGCCUUAAUGCAAGCAUUGUGUGUAUGGUAAAAGAUACUUGGUCUGCAAAAGGGAAAUUGAUAGUAGACCUCCAAGAAGCUCAUUAGUUUCAGGAGAACUACAGCUCAUUAUUUUUUGAAAAGUGCAUCUUUCUUCCUCAGAAAUGUUGUACCUCUGAAUCAGUUCACAUUCUCAUUCAAAAAUCAAGUGUCUUAUCUCUCGCCUAUUUUUCUGUAUACUAUGCAAUGGAAGUGGGUGUAUUUUAAAACCUAUUUCUGAAUGAUGUUUUUAUACAGUGACUGAUUGUGAAUGAGUGAAUAAUCCUAAGAAUGGUGUUGGGAAAAAAAUGCAUCUUUUUGUAAAUACUGUAGGAUUUUUAAAAAAAAAAAAAAAAAAAACACAAAAAACAACCCCCCCCCCCAAACCUGCCCCAUAACACCUUGCCUUUCUUGUCUUCGCUGCAUCAAAGUGUGAUAAACAGUGUUUGAAGCUUGUGCUGAUUAAUUAUCAGAAAGAUGAAUGUAAACAUUGUUUAGAAAUGGCAAAGUUGUCAGCAUGUAAAUUAAGGACAUUAAAUACAUCACAUAAGAUACUGUA